CGAUGCGCAGCUCUUCAGCGUCUUUUAACGGUGCAGCGCUCGAUAGAUCGAUAGGCGAUGUCUGCUUUUUGAUUUUUCCCGCGAAAGAGACGCAAUUCCCCGCGCCGCCGAGACAAGUGUGCACAAAACCGGAGAUUAACAGCUAACUGACUUUGGUGAUUUCAGACAACACAAUGGGAAUACACGGACUUGCUAAACUGAUUGCUGACCAGGCCCCUGGUGCCAUCAAAGAGCAAGACAUCAAGAACUACUUUGGCAGGAAAAUUGCUAUAGAUGCCUCCAUGUGUAUCUACCAGUUCCUGAUUGCCGUGCGACAGGACGGGAACGUUCUGCAGAAUGAGGAUGGCGAGACGACGAGCCACCUAAUGGGAAUGUUCUACCGGACGAUCCGCAUGCUGGAACACGGCAUCAAACCUGUGUACGUGUUUGACGGCAAGCCCCCACAGCUCAAGUCAGCAGAGCUGGAGAAGAGAGGGGAGAGGAGGGCAGAAGCUGAGAAGAUGCUCGCUCAAGCCCAGGAAAUGGGGGAACAAGAGAAUAUCGACAAAUUCAGCAAGCGCCUGGUAAAAGUCACCAAGCACCAUAACGAUGAGUGCAAGAAGCUGCUGACGCUGAUGGGAGUGCCUUACGUUGAGGCUCCAUGCGAGGCGGAGGCCAGCUGUGCCGCUCUGGUUAAAGCAGGGAAGGUCUUUGCCACGGCAACAGAGGAUAUGGACGGACUGACCUUUGGGACAAACGUCCUGCUCAGACACGUCACCGCCAGCGAAGCAAAGAAACUUCCCAUCCAAGAGUUCCACUUCAAUCGCAUCUUGGAGGACAUCGGCCUGACCAAUGAACAGUUCAUAGACCUGUGUAUCCUGCUGGGCUGCGACUACUGCGGCACCAUCAAGGGGAUCGGCCCCAAGAGAGCCAUCGACCUGAUCAGACAGCACGGCAGCAUCGAGGAGAUCCUAGAAAACAUCGACACCAGCAAGCACCCUGCUCCAGAGGACUGGCUGUACAAAGAGGCCAGGAAUUUGUUUUUGAAUUCCGAAGUGGUGGAUUGUUCCACACUGGAGCUGAAGUGGAGCGAGCCGGACGAGGAGGCACUGAUCCAGUUCAUGUGUAGCGAGAAACAGUUCAGCGAGGACAGGAUGCGCAACGGCUGUAAGAAGAUUGUGAAGAGCCGACAGGGCAGCACACAGGGACGACUGGACUCCUUCUUCACCAUCACUGGAUCUCUGUCCUCCAAACGGAAGGAACCGGAACUUAAAGGAUCAGCAAAAAAGAAGCAGAAGACCGGAGCCACGCUGGGCAAAUUUAGGAAGGGAAAAUAGACUGUACCUUUGGGAAGUAAUUAUUGGAAUGAAUAACACCUACUAAAUAAAGAGUAUAAAUAUGAACAUAGAGGUCCAAGUGAGGCAGGAGGAAACUGCAACACAAUAAGAGUUUGUGUGUAGUUUAGUUUAGUUCAGCUGAAUAACUGUGUAUGUAAUAAAAACAGCUAGGAGUGUUUGUGUUUUGUUAUUGAAUAAAAGUAAUGAAGUGUUUUUGUAGA